CUAAGAGCGCCUGUCAUUUUAUAACGAAAUUUUCAUCGACGCAAACAACUCGCACAACAGCUGCUAACGCGAAAAAAAAUAAUUAAAUAAAUAUUAAUCAUUUAAAUUUUAACAAGAAAACAAAGGAUUAAUUAUAAUUACAAUAAAAUACGCAUAUUAAAGAAUAUAAAAAUGGUUUCAACAAACGAAAAACAAUAAAAUUCCAUAAGAAACGCCCCUCCCACUGAUAUCUAUUUAUGCAGUAAAGGAAUUAAAAUAUUGCUCACUCAGUUAUUGAAAAUAAAUUGUAAAAAAGUCAUCAUCGCAAAACCAUCUUCUGGUGUAUGGAUAAAAAAAGAAUUGUGGAAGUGAAAUGUGAUUAAAAAAACUAAAUUUUAGUCAGUUUUAUUUGUUCGUUGUUACUCUUCUAUCUUUUUUUUAUAAUUAUUGUUUGUUGUGUGUGUACCUGUGAAGACGUCGCUCUUUUGUAAAAAAAAACAAAAAAAGACUGAACUUGUUGCUUCAUUCAUCAAUUUUACGUGUGCCAUCAAACAAGCGUUUGAACAAAAUAUUUAUGGUCUACCACCGACCUAUAUCUAUUCGGUGGCCAAAUUUUAUUUUAUAUUUAAAAAACAUUUUCCUUUAAAAAUGGCCAGUGAAGUUGGUGUUAUUGAUUCCAUAGAAUUGGAACCAUUUAAACAACCACACAAUACUAAAAAUGAUAUUGAUGAAGAUAAUGAUAAUCAGGCCAGCACAUCAUACGCAACGAAUACAACUAGCACUGCCAUCAUAACAAUAACCAAACCCAACUCAAUGUCAGCAUUAUCUAUAGUUUCGGAUAAUGAAGAAACACAUUUGAAUCCAUACCCCUCGAGCACAUUACCACCUAUGAUGCCGUCUACGUCGCGCCAACUUUUUAGUGAGGCUGCAAAUGCUCAUGGCGGCCAGGAGACGACAGCGUUUAUGCAGCAAGAAAUAAAUCAACAACAAAGACUCAAAAGCACUUCAUCGACAUUGGACAAAAUUGUAUCGCGAAAUCCAUCGUCCGCAGGAAAACAUGAGAAGAAAAUCGGGCAUCGUCGAGUGGACGAUGAGGGCGAAGUGACUUAUAAGAAAAUCCAAAGCAAACAGAUCAUGGGUUCCAUACAGCUGGGCAUUCAGCACACUGUAGGUAGUUUGGCUUCUAAACCAAAGAGGGAUUUGCUCAUGAAUGAUUUCUUUGAAAUGGAAACGAUUUCGUUUCCUCCAGAUGGCUCUUCUAUAACGCCAGCACAUCAUUAUAGUGAAUUUCGUUUUAAAGUGUACGCUCCAAUAGCUUUUCGCUAUUUUAGAGAUCUGUUUGGUAUAGCACCAGAUGAUUUCCUAAUGUCCAUAUGUGCUGCACCACUGAGGCAACUAUCGAAUCCUGGAGCUUCCGGUUCAAUAUUUUAUUUAACCGACGAUGACGAGUUUAUUAUCAAAACUGUGCAAAAGAAGGAAUGUGAAUUUCUGCAAAAACUUUUGCCCGGCUAUUAUAUGAACCUUUCCCAAAAUCCUCGUACCCUGCUGCCGAAAUUCUUUGGCCUUUAUUGCUUCCACUAUAAUACCAAAAAUGUCCGACUGGUGGCCAUGAACAAUUUGUUGCCAUCCGACAUAAAAAUGCAUGCGAAAUACGAUUUAAAAGGCUCAACAUUCCGGCGAAAAGCUUCAAAGGCAGAACGUCAAAAAGCCAGUCCCACCUAUAAGGACUUGGACUUUAUGGAACAUUAUCCGAAUGGUAUAUUCUUGGAAAUGGACAAAUACAAUGCCCUCAUUAAGACCAUACAAAGAGAUUGUAUGGUUUUGGAAAGUUUUCAAAUAAUGGACUACUCCUUGCUGGUGGGCAUACAUAAUCUCGAUUUGGCUGCCAAAGAGAAAAGAGAAGAGCGCAUUAAAAAUGCCAGAGCCAAAUUGCAAAGAACUGAAGUGGAACGCGAAGCAGAUGAAGCUCCUGAAGCAGAUCAACUAUACAAUGUUGCUUCAAGUUCGGCAGCGGCUGGCUCCGCGUUGAAUCGUUCGCGCAGCAUGAAUCGUCAUCGUUUGGUGGCCCAUUCUACGGCCAUGGAAUCCAUAACCGCUGAUAUAGAUACACCAUUCGAAGAGGACGAGGACGUACCGGCUGGUGGCAUUCCAGCCAGAUCGGAGAAUGAUGAACGUUUGAUAUUGUACAUCGGUAUCAUUGAUAUUUUACAGUCUUAUCGUUUGGAAAAGAAACUUGAGCACACUUUUAAAGCCAUUAUUUACAAUGGAGACACUGUUUCGGUAUGCCGUCCCUCCUUCUAUGCUCAACGUUUCCAAAAUUUCAUGGGUAAAACAGUGUUUAAGAAAACACCAACAUUUCAAGUAAAGCAUUCCACCUCUAAGCGAAAGACAUCGACCACCAAUGCGCGUACUCCCCAGCGACAGCCAUCACAUAGUGUUAGUUCUAACAGGCCGAUGUUUAUGUCGGGCUCUUCCACGCCUCCGCCGCCAUUCGACGAUAUAUCCGAAGAAGACAUGACGGCCAAUUCAACGGCUGUCCGAAUUUCUUCACAUUCACGUAAUUUAAUGCCGCAGAAAUCAUACAUGUCGUCGCAUUGCAGCACCGUGGGCAGUACCACAGACGAUUAUAGCGAUGAUGAUAUCGCGUCGGCAUCCGGCAGUACGCGCUCGCCCUCGCAACGACGAAAAACCCCAUUACAUUUAUCAAAAACAAACGUCCAUGUAACCACCGUGGGUUGCUUUGAAGACAAUCAAGCUCUCCAUCAGCAACACCAGCAACCCGAUCACAAACAAUCGGAUGAGGGCAUAGAACAAGAUGUUGACGGCAAAAAAGUAAUCACUACAAAAUCAACCUUCAUACAGGCUACACAAGAACAAAUCUACACUUCCACUUUAGUUGUUAACGAUGUGGUGAGAUGAUGCUCACAAAUGUCUUCUACACACUCUUCUCUCCAACAAUGGGGCUUUAUUUAUUGUUUUGUUUUCUAACUUGCUGUUAUUCUAUUUGUUUUAAGUAAAUCAAACUGAACAGUUCACCGCUUCGUUUUAUGCUACAAAUUGUUGAAAUCAUAAAUUAACCAUACACACACACACUUACUAGCAAGAAUAUUCAUUAUUUGUUUUAAUAAUUUGUUCAUUACCUUCUUUCUGCUCCUUAAAAACGCUUAUUUAAGUUUGGAGGAUAAAAAAAAAUCGUUUUAAAAAAAGUGCUCUUAACAAAUUCAAAAACAAAGGCAAACAAACUAUUGUUAACAAUUUAUAGAUUUAGUAAAAGUAUUUAUACUACUACGAGUAAUACUACUAAUACUACAAAAACAUAACUUUACAACAAGGACUUUCAUUUUUUAUAUUCAAUCUCCUUCUUUUUUUCUUGCUUUACAAAUUGUUUUCCUCUUUUGUUUUAGUUCUUUGCAUUAUUUAUUGUAGUUAUUUUUUAUGAUUACUUUUUUUUAUUUGUUUUCGUAUUAUUACUUGUAUUAUUUUAGUUCUGUUUCAAUUUAGAAAAUGUGAUAAUUUGUUAGAAAUGAAUCCUACUAUUUGAUGUUUGUGUUUCUAUAAACCAAAAAAAAAAACAGUAUUUCUUCAUGUUUUAAUUCAAAAGUUAUUAAAAAGCUAAAUUAAUAAUCAUAUUCACACUACUUGCUAUACAUAUAAACUCAAUAUACAUAAAUACAUGCAUACAUACAUAUAUAUAUAUAUAUAUAUAUCCAUACUAGGGAACUUGGGAAUAUCAAUAUCAAUAUAGCGAAUGCGAAUUGAUGCCACCGCAUCAAAUGAAAUAUUAAAAAGUAUAUUUUUUCAUUAUCAUAAAGUACAACUUAAAAAAUAAAUAUAACAAAAAGCUUAAAACAACUAUUGAUUUUUUUUUUUUGCUAAAAUUUUUUUCAAAACAAAUGAGAAAUACAUAUCUGAUACAUACGUCACCUGAAAUGCAAAAUUACUUUACAUCACUUUUCAUAAGUUUACAGAAACUUUACAGAAAAGUGGAAACUACCUGAGAUAUUGGAUCAAAAUUUUCAAAUCUGGAUUAACAUGAAACUAGAAAUGUAUAUUAGAUAAAAAAAAUAUUUGUUUUUUAAAGUACAUACGUCAUUUUAAUUUGAUAGUUUCAGAAACCAAUAUAACGUAGCAUGAAAAUAUAAAAAAGUAAGUAAAAAAAGGAAAAUUACACUCUGAUUUUUUUACAAAAACAAAUAUUUAGUUUUAUUUUAUUUGAUGCUGAUUGAUCUUACAAAACACUUGUAAGAGCAAACACGUCAAACAAAUUUGUGCUAAAAAAAGUGGUUACGCCUUUUUGAGUAAAUAUUUGCCAUGUGUGACCCUACCUUAAGUGUAAAAAAUCAGAGUGUAAUUUUCCAUUUUUUUUUUAACCAAGAUUUUUAUUAUAAAUAUAAAUAUUUAUAGGUUUUUUUUUAAAUUUUAUAUGUUUUAAAUUAGAAAUUAGUUCAAGAAAAGGAUCAUAAAAAGCAGAGUAUGAAAACAAACAAAACAUUUCGCAAACGUUUGCAAAAUGUACAAAACAAAUCAAAAAUUUUAAAUAGUAUUGUUCAUGUUUUAAUUAUAACUAUUGUUGUUGAAUCUUGGUUAUGUUUGAUAGCAAAAAUUUAAAUUGUUUUACACAUAUGGAAUAUGCAUCGUAAUUAAUAUAAAAGUCAAUUUCAUAGUUUUUGAUAAUAUAUACGUCAUAUAAAAGAGUACAUCAAUAAAAUAGUAUAUUUUAUCAGUAAAAUUCUUGAGGUUUAAAGAUUUAUUUCUAAAAUACAAUUACUACAUGCAUUAUAUAUUGAAAGUAAGUAAAUAGUUAAUUGCUUAUUGUUUUUCAUUUCAUUAUUUAAUUUAAAUCAUGGGUGAUUGGAGUUUGGAGUGAAAGUUCAUUUAUUCUUAUUCGUAUAUUUAGUUUAAUUUCUUUGGAAAACAUUUUGUGCUUUAAUGUAUAGAACAAAUAUAUAUCUAUAUCAAAAAUAUAUUUAAUUGUUAAAAAUACUAAUGAUAAUAAUAAUAAAGUUUAUACCAUAGCGUAACAUAUAGACGAGACGCAAUUGUCAAAAACCUAACUGUUGCAACAACAAAAUACAUGUGAGUCGAUGUAUUUUGUUGUUGUACCAAAACGGAGUAACUCGUCUCUAUGGUUUAUACUCUUAAUUUAGUAUAUAUACAUAUUUAUUUAAUAAAAAAAAAACGAUUACAACAAAAAUGCAAUAAAUUA